GAAAAACAUUUACUUGAGGUUCGUCUGCCUCCUUUUUGUUGAUGCACUUUAAAUCCGCAGCUCAGAUUUAGCCGAACAGAGACACCUAGUGGAGAAACUGUGCUCCUACAGCUGCAAACGCUCUUAGUCGGGUAAACAGAGCCAUCUAGUGGACAGAAGGUACUCCUACAGCACCCCAGUGUUUCCCACCGAAGUGAAAAUGAAACUAAAAGCGGCAAUAAACGUCUUAAGUAAUGGAGUGGUUAUAGCAACGAUAGGCGCGGUAAGCGUGGCUGGAGAAAACACGGUAACCGCGAACUACAAUGUUUGCUGGGUUCCAUGACUACAGCCAUGGCGGAGAGGAGCAAGACGGUGGUCGUGUCCGGAGUGCCCGAAGUGCUGCAGCUUAGCAGGAUGGUCGACAAGUUGACUGUUCACUUUCAGUGCCGCAGGAGAAGUCACGGAGGGGACGUGGAGGUCGUGAAAUACCCCACGAACAUGAAGGGAGUAGCCUUCGUGACUUUUGACAGAGUUGAAGAUGCAGAACGGGUGGUGAGAAAGGAGCAGCACACCAUGAGGGACGAAGAGUUCACUCAAGACUACUCGCUCACUGUGUUUCCCUUCAGCAGAGAUGUGUUUCUGUACGUUUCCACAGCUACGGUGGACCUCUCAGUUUUCGGUACCAAUCAGGCCUCUCUGAUUAAGAGCCUGCAGUCAGCUCACAGAUCGAUCUGCUUCCAAGCUUUGCCCCUGGAGAAGAAGGCCUCCAUAGAGGGUCCCUUUUCUGCCGUCCAGGCCCUGAAAGAGGACCUCGUCCGUAGGGCCAGCUGUCUCAGACCCUCAACGCAAACUGCAGGUGUCAAACUCAGCGAAAGCCCUCCUAAUCUGAGGCUUGGAUCCGAGAAUAACCCAACAAGCUGCAGGGGCACUAAAGCUAAGCUGGAAGCAGCAACUUCCAGCAGUUUAUCUAAAUCACUCCAGAGCACAGGUAAAGCAAGAGAAAUCCAAAGCCGGAUCCCUCCGAACGCUUCCUUGAGGCAGAAAGGUUCUAAUGAGAGUUUGGCUGGAGGGAGCUUGAGACGAGCGGAUGGGGAGGAAAUUAGAAUAGGGACCGUGUCCUCAUCAGAGCUCAAACGGCUCCCUGUGGAGAAGACAUUCACCAAACAGCAGAGAGACAAUAGUUUACAAAACCCCUGCAGGUCGGGCAAGAUCCCUGCAACCGAAAGCAACGCAAAUGUUUUGAAGGAUCCCGGCGGCUCGAUGAGGAACAAUAACGUCUCUGCGAACCACCCGAGAAAAGGCUCAGCUCUCUCCGCAGAGACUUUCGAGGAAUUUUGGGUUGACUUAUACACAUUUAGAUACAUUGAAAGAUUUCACAAGCAGGAGUUAAUCAUGUGGUUGGAGGGCAUUGACAUGUCUACCCAGGAUAUAGAAGAAAUUGGCCUUAUUCGAAUAUUGCUGACUGAGAAGCAACCCUUUGAGGCAACCUCAAGAACCCUCAAAGAUGCUUUGAAAAACCUGGAGACUUUGAUGAACCGCUGGCAGUCUAAUCUUAGAGUUCACGAGGUCUUUUACAACAAAGCUAAGUUUGAUAAGCAGAAACUGAUUCAGAUCUGCAAAGGCAUGUCUUCCAUGCUCGAUAAUGUUCUUUACGUGUUUGAGGAUUCAUCCAUUAAAGUGAUCGGGCCCUCAGUAGACAGCCACCUGUUCUUUAAGGAGUUAGAGGAUUGUAUGGAUAAGUAGAGUACUGUGAAUCCCAUGAUAGGUAAAAGCAGGAGGUAGAAAUCACAAAGGGAACCACAAGGGGGAGCUGUUGUGCCUGACAACACCUAUACACUGCUGUAUUUUAGGACAACGGUGACAAAACAAAAAUAAAUCAUCCAAUACUUUAGCUAAAUUUGUUUUCAAUGCUAAAAUCCUUAUUUUUGUUUUUCAUAAAUUACUGUUUUAUGUUAAAUCCAGUUCUCACAGCAGACAAUAUAAUUACCUCACCUCUACUACAGAAGACAGGCUUCUAAUUAAAAACUUAAAAGUGACAGAUGCCAACCUGUCAGAUGUAAUCACAUCACUUAUCUGCAUGGGUGUAACCUCAUUUCUUUCAAUAAAUUGUGUUAUAUUUCUCA